CUCCAACGAGCGCCGCCCCCUGCUCCACGGCGCCCAGUCCCAUCGACCACCCAAGGACUGAGGAGUGCGGGCGCAGGGUGCGGGACUGACAGGCAGCUCCACCUGCGGCCCCGGUGCAGGAUCCACUGGGUGAAGCCAGCUGAGCUCUUGAGUCUGGUGGGGGCUUGGAGAACCUUUAUGUCUAGCUAAGGGAUUGUAAAUACGCCAGUUGGCACUCUGUAUCUAGCUCAAGGUUUGUAAACACACCAAUCAGCACCCUGUGUCUAGCUCAGGGUUUGGGAAUGCACCAAUUGACACUCUGUAUCUAGCUAACCUAGUGGGGACGUAGAGAACCUUUGUGUCUAGCUCAGGGAUUGUAAACGCACCAAUCAGCACCCUGUCAAAACAGACCACUCCGCUCUCUGUAAAAUGGACCAAUCAGCAGGAUGUGGGCGGGGGCCGGAUAAGAGAAUAAAAGCAGGCUGCCGGAGCCAGUAGUGGCAACCUGUUCAGGUCGUUUUCCACACUGUGGAAGCUUUGUUCUUUCGCUCUUUGCAAUAAAUCUUGCUGCUGCUCACUCUUUGGGUUCACACUGCCUUUAUGAGCUGUAACACUCACCACGAAGGUCUACAGCUUCACUCCUGAAGCCAGCGAGAUCACAAACCCACUGGGAGAAACGAACAACUCCAGACGCACUGCCUUAAGAGCUGUAACACUCACUGCGAAGGUCCGCAGCUGCAUUCCUGAGCCAGUGAGACCACAAACCCACCAGAAGGAAGAAAUUCCGAACAUCAGAAGGAACAAACUCCAGACACGCCGCCUUUAGGAACUGUAACACUCAACCGCGAGGGUCCGCGGCUUCAUUCUUGAAGUGAGUGAGACCAAGAACCCACCAAUUCCGGACACACUGGGAUUACAGGUGUGAACCACAACACCUGGCUCUCUUUGUUCCUAAUUGAAAUUGCCAAAGUUCCAGGAAGGAUGUUACCUUUGAUGAUGACAGUGUUAAUCCUGCUGCUGCUCCCCACGGGUCAGGCUGCCCCAAAGGAUGGAGUCACAAGGCCAGACUCUGAAGUGCAGCAUCAGCUCCUGCCCAACCCCUUCCAGCCAGGCCAGGAGCAGCUCGGACUUCUGCAGAGCUACCUAAAGGGACUAGGAAGGACAGAAGUGCAGCUGGAGCAUCUGAGCCGGGAGCAGGUUCUCCUCUACCUCUUUGCCCUCCAUGACUAUGACCAGAGUGGACAGCUGGAUGGCCUGGAGCUGCUGUCCAUGUUGACAGCUGCUCUGGCCCCUGGAGUUGCCAACUCUCCUACCACCAACCCGGUGAUCUUGAUAGUGGACAAAGUGCUCGAGACCCAGGACCUGAAUGGGGAUGGGCUCAUGACCCCUGCUGAGCUCAUCAACUUCCCGGGAGUAGCCCCCAGGCACGUGGAGCCCGGAGAGCCCCUUGCUCCAUCUCCUCAGGAGCCACAAGCUGUUGGAAGGCAGUCCCUAUUAGCUAAAAGCCCAUUAAGACAAGAAACACAGGAAGCCCCGGGUCCCAGAGAAGAAGCAAAGGGCCAGGUAGAGGCCAGAAGGGAGUCUUUGGAUCCUGUCCAGGAGCCUGGGGGCCAGGCAGAGGCUGAUGGAGAUGUUCCAGGGCCCAGAGGGGAAGCUGAGGGCCAGGCAGAGGCUAAAGGAGAUGCCCCUGGGCCCAGAGGGGAAGCUGGGGUCCAGGCAGAGGCUGAAGGAGAUGCCCCCGGGCCCAGAGGGGAAGCUGGGGGCCAGGCAGAGGCUGAAGGAGAUGCCCCCGGGCCCAGAGGGGAAGCUGGGGGCCAGGCAGAGGCCAGGGAGAAUGGAGAGGAGGCCAAGGAACUUCCAGGGGAAACACUGGAGUCUAAGAACACCCAAAAUGAGUUUGAGGUGCACAUUGUUCAAGUGGAGAAUGAUGAGAUCUAGAUCUUGAAGAUACAGGUACCCCACGAAGUCUCAGUGCCAGAACAUAAGCCCUGAAGUGGGCAGGGGCAAUGUACGCUGGGACAAGGACCACCUCUGUGCCCCCUGUCUGGUCCCAGUAGGUAUCAGGUCUUUCUGUGCGGCUCAGGGAGACCCUAAGUUAAGGGGCAGAUUACCAAUAAAGAACUGAAUGAAUUCAUCCCCCCGGGCCACCUCUCUACCCAUCCAGCCUGCCCAGACCCUCUCAGAGGAACGGGGUUGGGGACCGAAAGGACAGGGAUGCUGCCUUCCCAGUGUUUCUGGGCCUCACGGUGCUCCGGCAGCAGAGCGCAUGGUGCUAGCCAUGGCCAGCUGCAGAGGACCCAGUGAGGAAAGCUCAGUCUAUCCCUGGGCCCCAAACCCUCACCGGUUCCCCCUCACCUGGUGUUCAGACACCCCAUGCUCUCCUGCAGCUCAGGGCAGGUGACCCCCAUCCCCAGUAAUAUUAAUCAUCACUAGAACUUUUUGAGAGCCUUGUACACAUCAGGCAUCAUGCUGGGCAUUUUAUAUAUGAUUUUAUCCUCACAAUAAUUCUGUAGCCAAGCAGAAUUGGUUCCAUUUGACAGAUGAAGAAAUUGAGGCAGAUUGCGUUAAGUGCUGUACCCUAAGGUGAUAUGCAGCUAAUUAAAUGGCAGAUUUGAAUCCAGGUCUGUCUGACUCUAAA